AUGCUGUUCCAUAUUCCUAAUGAAUCUAACUCACCUUUUUUCUCAGGUUUAUCAUCUUCCGUAACCGCAGAACAUCAUAAAACAAGACCACAAAAUUCUAUCAGUUCUUCCUUAGAACAAGGAUAUGCUGUUAAUAGAAGACAACUGAUUCUUUACACUUCAACAGCAGCAAUUGCAGCUUCAUCUACUGUCUCAAAUGCAUUGGCACUCAAUGAGUGGCAAUCAGGAACAGGAGAAUCUGCUGGAUUUAAAUCACUAACGGCUUUCUAUCCAAAAGAGCAAUCUAAUUCCAAUGUGAGCGUUGUGAUCACGGGGGUAGGACCGGAUUUCACUAAGAUGGAAUCCUGGAAAAAACCACCUGGUGUGGCUUCUAAAAUCAUAGACUGUAAAUCAUCUAAAGGAUUUUAUUUCAUUGAGUAUACACUGCAAAGUCCUGGCGAGAGUCGCAAGCAUCUAUAUUCAGCUAUUGGGAUGUUAACUAAUGGCUGGUAUAACAGACUGUAUACAGUAACAGGACAGUAUGGAGAUGAGGAAACAGACAAGUAUGCUUCCAUAAUUCAAAAGGUUAACUUCUUUUCAUACUUUGACAUGCUGACGGAGGACAGGGAAAGGAUUUCAAGUGCUCUUGUUGAGCAGGUGAUCAUUUUGGGUUCCUACUACAACAUUCAGAUUUUUUCCGAGAUGGAAGGUUUGUUUGGAAUCAAGUUGGCCAAUUCUUUUGGUACUUUUGUUAGCAUUGAUGAAGCCCCUGUCUCUGGAUCUUCUUUGGAAGUGGCUCGAAUCCAGUUGACAGUUCCUUUUGCAUUCAAGCUACCGUAUCCGCAGAUUUCAGGUAACUCUUCUUCUGAAGUUACUGGUUCAGAAUCUUUGGAUCUUAAUAAUCAGGUUGGAACUGUAGGGCAUCAGGAGCUCCCGAAUGUUUGCUUGAAUGUUGUUUUGAGAGAUAUCGUGUCGUUUGAUGAAGCGGUUUGCAACGUCAAGGAUGGUUCCAAGGUAAUUGUUGAGAGGGAGGAGGAGUGUGCCAAGCUUUCGGAUUCUGCAGUGGCGUGUUCAGUUCCUCAUUCGAACAAGAAAGUUAGGUGUAAGGUUAUGAAACAGAAAUCGAUGGCGGAGUUAGGAGGUCCUCUUUCAAGAGGAGUUCUGAAAUCAAUGCGUAAGGUGAAAAGAAGCAGUUUAUUGCGAGGAAAAGUAAUGAUGUUGUCCGGAGAAGAGGAAGGGCACGGUGAGAGGACAGCCGGAGGAGAUCGUGGAUGGAAGAUCACCGGUCAGAAGAGAGGAGGCGCACAGGCAGAGGGAGUAUCAAAGAGAUACGGAUGUCGCACAGUGGUGGACUGGUGGUGGACGGUAGGUGGUGCAAGUGAACAAUAA